AUGGACGCCACCGCCAUCGUAUGCCUUGACCACGAUCUUCGCAUCCCUCUCCAGCCACGCGGCCGGCAUCCUCGGCUUCGUGGGCUUCCAGAAGAUCGUGGUGGCCAGGAUCGUGUCCACAAGCCAGCCGAGGGCCAACUGGUCGGCGCCCAAUUUCCUCCUCCUCACCAGCAUCGCCAUUUCCAUCACUGCGAUUUUUUCUAG